AUGUCGGGCCUGAAAUUCCCUUGCCCACCCCCUUAUGUGGCCGCAGCUGCCUCCACUACCUCGCCAAACAAGGAGAAGGGGCCUGACCCCCCAGUGAGAUCCCAGAUGAGAGUGGAGUAUCCCCCCCUGCCCCGAGAAGGAGCCGCCGAGAAGGAACCCCCUGUGUCACCUGACUCUUCCAGUUCUGGUGAGGGGGAUAGGAAAGGGACCACCCUUGAUGAGCUCCCCCUCAGCCCUCCCCACACUCGUUCGGGAGCUCAGUUUAGUGAAAGCCGACUGGCUGCCCUGUUACCGCUUAGGGAGGUGGGAGAAACGGACUCCCAUGGGCUGAGCCUAAGGACUUAUGUUCCUUUCACCACCUCGGAUUUAUACAAUUGGAAGAAUCAGAAUCCCCCCUUUUUGCAGAACCCCCAGGGGCUGAUAACUUUACUGGAGUCUGUAUUCUACACUCACCAGCCCACCUGGGAUGACUGCCAGCAACUACUAAAUACCCUGUUUACCAGAGAGGAGAGAGAGAGAAUAAAGACUGAAGGGAGAAAGCAAGUUCUUGACGGCCAUGGGGAGCCGGUUACAGAUUCAGCCCUGAUUGACACCGUCUUCCCCUUGGCCCGCCCUAAUUGGAACCACAAUUCGAUGUCAGGAAGGGAGGCUCUUGACCAUUACCGCCAGGUUCUCCUGAGAGGCAUUCGGGCUGCCGCUCGAAAGCCUACCAAUCUCUCUAAGGUGACCGAGACCAAACAAGGGCCAAAUGAGAGUCCGGCGGCUUUCCUCGAGCGACUAUGUGAGGCCUAUAGGACGUAUACAUCUAUAGAUCCUGAUGCUCUGGCAAAUCAGGCAGCCCUUGUGGUCCAAUUUGUAGCUCAGUCAGCCCCAGACAUCAGGAAAAAAUUACAGAAACUAGAAGGCUUUGAAGGGAAGUCUCUUUCUGAGCUGCUGGCUAUAGCCCAGAGGGUUUUUGAAAACCGAGAGGACCCAUCACAGGCCCUGACCCAGAAGAUGGCCAAGCCCUGGGUAACACUAACCGUGGGGGGCAAGCCUGUUGACUUCUUGGUAGAUACUGGGGCCACCCACUCUGUCCUCCUAGAGCCUGAAGGCCCAUUGUCCUCCCGAAUAACAGCUAUUGUGGGGGCAACUGGGAAACUGAAAUCUUACCCUUGGUCCCAGGCCCGCAUCACCAACAUAGGAGAGAAAACGGUCACUCAUUCCUUCCUUGUCAUCCCUGAAUGCCCCGAGCCACUCCUGGGAAGGGACCUCCUCCAAAAGUUAAAGGCCACUAUCUCCUUCACAGAGGAGGGCCCCCAAGUCAAAACGGGGGAAGGAAAAAUUCUUGUUACGUUCCCGCUUGAAGAAGAGUACAGGUUACUCGAUGAGCCUUCCCCGGGGAUGGAAUCUGACCUCAUAGCAAAGUGGCACCAGGAGAUCCCGGAGGUAUGGGCUGAAACGAAUCCGCCAGGCUUCGCAGGGCACCGGCCCCCAAUAGUCGUCCAACUCCUGAGCACUGCUCUGCCAGUCCGUGUCCGCCAGUAUCAAAUCAGUGGAAAAGCCAGGGUGGGGAUCUCCAAACAUAUCAAGAGGCUUAAAGAAGCAGGAAUCUCAGUCCCGUGCCAAUCGGCCUGGAACACUCCACUCCUACCUGUGCAAAAACCAGGCAUAGAGGACUUCAGGCCAGUCCAGGACUUAAGGGAAGUCAAUAAGCUGGUAGAGACAAUACACCCAACUGUUCCAAACCCCUACACCCUGCUCAGCCUCCCUAAACCAGACCAACAAUUUUAUUCAGUGCUGGAUUUAAAGGAUGCAUACUUCUGCCUCCCCUUAGCAUCCCAGAGUCAGCCCAUUUUCGCAUUUGAGUGGGUAGACCCAGAGAGAGGGGACUCAGGACAACUGACUUGGACACGCUUGCCCCAGGGGUUCAAGAACUCUCCCACUCUCUUCGAUGAGGCUCUAAGUCAGGAUCUCCAGGACUUCAGAGCCAGGCAUCCGGAGGCCACAUUACUCCAGUAUGUGGACGACCUCCUCCUGGCUGCCUCAUCUUUAUCGGAGUGUCAAGAAGUCACCCGGGACUUACUAAAAACUCUAGGGAGCCUCGGCUACCGAGUCUCAGCUAAAAAGGCCCAACUCUGCAAGACUGAGGUUACAUAUUUGGGGUACCAUCUUCGCCGAGGAGAGCGCACCCUCUCUCAGAGCCGGAUUCAAGCCAUCCUGUAGAUCCCCACUCCAACCACCAAAAGGCAAGUACGGGAGUUCCUUGGGGCUGUCGGGUACUGUAGACUGUGGAUCUUAGGCUUUGCAGAGAUUGCUAAGCCACUGUACACCGCCACUGGGGGAAAGGAUCCAGCCCUUACCUGGACUACAGCAGAAGAAGCAGCAUUCAACGCACUCAAGACAGCAUUGGUGAGUGCCCCUGCUUUGACCCUGCCAGACCUUGAAAAACCAUUUCACUUGUUUGUAGCUGAGUCCCGGGGAGUAGCGAAGGGGGUGCUAACCCAGACACUAGGUCCCUGGAGACGGCCAGUUGCCUACUUGUCAAAAAGACUGGACCCUGUGGCUGCUGGGUGGCCCGGGUGCUUACGCGCCAUUGCGGCCACAGCCACCCUGGUAAAGGAGGCAUCAAAGUUGACUUUUGGCCAGAACCUUCAAGUUACGGCUCCCCACAAUGUGGAACAGCUAUUACGGGCCCCCCCAGAAAGGUGGCUUUCAAAUGCUCGAAUAACCCAGUAUCAAGUCCUCCUUCUUGAUCCUCCAAGAAUAAGUUUCCUCCAAACUGCCGCCUUAAACCCUGCCACGUUGCUGCCAGAGCCUAGAGAGGAUGCCCCACUCCAUGAUUGCGGCGAGAUACUCACGUCCCUGACUUCUCUAAGGGCGGAUCUCACUGACAUCCCUCUACCCGAGGCCGAUGAGACCCUCUUUACAGAUGGGAGCAGUUUUGUGGAAGAGGGCACCCGAUAUGCAGGAGCGGCCGUAGUCACUCUGGAAACUGUCAUCUGGGCGCAAGCCCUAGGACAUGGGACUUCUGCUCAAAGGGCUGAAUUGAUUGCCCUAACCCAGGCGCUCCGAUGGGGAAAGGGAAAGAGAGUCAAUAUCUACACGGACAGUAGGUAUGCCUUUGCCACUGUUCAUGUACAUAGAGCCCUAUACAGGGAAAGGGGCCUCCUCAUGGCAGGAGGGAAGGACAUUAAAAACUCUCAAGAAAUCCUGAACUUACUGUCCUCAGUUUGGGGACCCAAGGAGGUGGCAGUCAUCCAUUGCAGGGGACACCAGAAAGACAACUCUGAGAUAUCCAGGGGAAACCGUCUAGCCGACCAAACAGCUAGGGACAUUGCCAAAAGACCAAAGCUCCAAGGGACAAAGAACGAAGGGGGAUGGGUCCGCCUGCCCGAUGGGAGGAUCUUCCUUCCCCAGGCCUUGGGAAGGAAAAUAGUUGAGCAAACACAUCGGAACACCCACCUGGGAGGAACUAAACUGGCCGAGCUCCUCUGGAAGAGCUAUUUUCUAAAGGGACUGUAUAAACUCACUCAGGACAUUGCUCGAAGAUGCCACACGUGUGCCAGGGUGAAUCCUAACCCUAUUCAAGUUAGGGAACCUGGAGUUUGGUUCAGGGGAAGCACCCCGGGAGAGCACUGGGAGCUGGACUUUACGGAGCUACCUGCGGUGAGAGGAGGCUACAGGUACCUCCUUGUAUUAGUGGACACCUUCUCGGGUUGGCCAGAGGCAUUUGCCACCAGAAAAGAGACAGCGCAGGUAGUGGUUAAACAAUUAGUCUCUGAAAUUCUCCCCCGGUUUGGCCUACCACUAUAUUUGGGGUCUGACAAUGGUCCGGCGUUCACCGCCCAGGUCACCAAACAAUUGGCAUCCUCUCUAAAAAUUAACUGGAAACUUCAUUGCAUAUACAGACCUCAGAGUUCAGGACAGGUAGAAAGGAUGAAUCGGACCCUCAAGGAGUUUUUAACAAAACUGAGACUCGAAACUGGCGGUGAUUGGGUAAGUCUCCUCCCUUUCGCCCUCCUUCGGGCCAGAUGUACCCCUUAUUCACAGGGUUUUACCCCUUAUGAGAUCAUUUUUGGAAGGCCACCCCCAAUCCUUCCCAGGCUUGGGGAGGAACAUCUCGGGGCCAUUCACAACCAACAUCUUCUUAAGUCAUUGCAGGCACUCCAGCUUACUCGGAGAGCAAUCCAGAAGACAGUCAGAGGAGAAGAGACAGGGAGAGGUCAAACUUCCAGAAGCCCAGUCGUCGAACCUGGGGAGCUGGUCUGGGUUAAGAAGCUCAACCCCGGUCAACUUGAGCCUCGGUGGGACGGCCCAUUCACUGUUGUCCUCAGCACCCCCACAGCGGUAAAGGUUGCAGGGAAGCAACAGUGGAUCCACCACACCCGACUGAAAAAGGCAGAGGGUGACCAGAAGGGAGAAUGGAGAAUCCAACCCACGUCCGACCCUCUAAAGGUCAAAUUUUCCCUUUCCUAG